AUGUAUUCAGUGAAGUUUAUCGAGAGCCUCAGAGUUGAAAUGAAGCUGAUUCUCUGCUUGUUCGCACUGAUGGGAAUCAGUGGACUCAGUCUUGCUGGAGUCCUUGAGAAGUGCAAAGGAUCCGAGGCGGAGGCGUGCAAGAGAGCACUGGAGGAGGAGACAAUGCAUCCUCAUCCCAAGCCUUCAUUCGCCACUCGAUCGUCUGGACAUCCGCACGAGAAGACUUCGGAGUACUGGAUCAAUUUGGGACAUCAGCACGUCCAAGACAAACUCAGUCGUCGCUUCAACACCAACACGGCGAAGAAUGUGGUCUUCUUCAUCGGCGACGGCAUGAGCAUUCCGACGCUCUUCGCCACGAGAGUGGCUCUGGGCGGAGAGGAGCAGCAGCUGUCCUUCGAGAAGUUCCCCUUCAGCGGUCUGGCCAAGACGUACUGCGUGGACGCCCAAGUGGCGGAUUCCGCCUGCACGGGAACAGCUUACUGGACAGGCGUCAAGACCAACUACAUGACGCUCGGCGUGAAUGCCAAAGUGCCUCUGGGAGACUGCAAAGCCGCCCUCGAUCCGUCAACGCACACGGAGUCAAUCGCCAAGUGGGCGCUCGAUGCCGGCAAAUCGGUCGGAAUCGUCACGACCACCACUGUCACUCACGCCUCGCCGGGCGCCGGCUACGCUCAUGUGGCGGACAGAAUGUGGGAGAACGACGCCAUAGUGAGAAAAUCCGGAUGCGACCCUAAUGAGGUGUCGGAUAUUGCUCACCAACUCGUCCAUGGGCCCGUCGGGAGUCGACUGAGCGUGGUUUUGGGCGGUGGCAGAGGACAUCUCCGUGACUCGAGCAUCCCAGAUGAGGAGGGCGGCUUCGGCUUCCGCUCUGAUUCACGCGAUUUAAUUUCCGAUUGGCUGAAUGACGGCAAACCCAACAAGAAAUACGUGUGGAAUCGCAAUGAUCUGCUCAAUCUGCCCACAAACACGGAAAAUCUGUUGGGACUCUUUGAGAGUGGAGAUAUGCAAUUUUAUCUGGAGAGUCAGGAGAAAGGAACUCAAAAUACUGAGCCAACACUCGAGGAAAUGACUCGCGCGGCCAUAAAUGUGCUGAAGAAGAACAACAAGGGAUUCUUCUUGUUCGUCGAGGGCGGCAGAAUCGAUCACGGACAUCAUUACACGAUUCCGCGGGCGGCGAUUGGAGAGGCGAUUGAGCUGCACAAAGCUGUCCAGACGGCGCGGGAAAUGCUGAGCGAAGACGAUUCUCUGAUUGUCGUAUCCUCGGAUCACUCUCACACCAUGUCUAUCUCUGGUUAUCCGACUCGUGGAAAUGACAUCUUUGGGAAGACUGACAGGGGAAAUGCCAAAGACGGAAUGCCUUACAUGACCUUAAGCUACGCCAACGGGCCAAUUCAGUCCAAUCACUACUCAACCACGGGCAGAGUCGAUCCCAACACGCAGGACUUCAGCAAGUGGUCCUCGCUCUAUCCCUUCCACGUGCCGCUGGACAUGGAGACGCACGCCGGAGACGACGUUGGCGUCUUCGCCUCCGGACCGUUUGCUCACCUCUUCACGAGCACGAUGGAGCAGAGCCACUUGCCACACUUGAUGGCCUACGCGGCGAGCAUCGGCAAAGGACCGCGUUCUUAA